CCAAUCAUUUCAUUGCUCUUUCGUGUGAAAACAACAACAAACAUAUUAUAUAGUAACACGGAGAGAGAGCGUUACGAAAACGUUCCAUACCUUUCCGUUUGUCGCUCCCGUUUCCGUUUUCCGUUUCCGUUACCGGAGCUCGCGGAGGCGACGAGGAGGAGGAGGAGGAGGAGGAGGAGGAGGAGGAGUUCUAUGUGGGAAUCCUUCGUCUUCCUCCCGAAACCCUAAUCGUAAUUGCGUGAUCUCGAUAUGGAUCCGCGGGCGAAGGAGGCGGCGCCGCCCCCGUCCAUGGCGGAGGCGGGGGUGAUGCAGGGGGACUCGAAGCCCGGCGGCGGCAACGGGAAGAGCCGAGUGCUGCUGGGGAAGUACGAGGUGGGGAAGCUCCUGGGGCACGGGACGUUCGCGAAGGUGUACCACGCGCGGCACGCGGAGACGGGGGAGAGCGUGGCGAUCAAGGUGCUCGACAAGGAGCGGGUGAUGAAGGGGGGGAUGGUGGCGCACAUCAAGCGCGAGAUCGCGAUCCUGCGGCGGGUGCGGCACCCGAACGUGGUGCGGCUCUUCGAGGUGAUGGCGACGAAGACGAAGAUCUACUUCGUGAUGGAGUACGUGCGCGGCGGCGAGCUCUUCGCGAAGGUGGCGAAGGGGCGGCUGCGGGAGGACACGGCGCGGCGCUACUUCCAGCAGCUGGUGGGCGCCGUGGGGUUCUGCCACGCGCGCGGCGUCUUCCACCGCGACCUCAAGCCGGAGAACCUGCUCGUCGACGAGCACGGCGACCUCAAGGUCUCCGACUUCGGCCUCAGCGCCGUCUCCGACCAGCUCCGCCACGACGGCCUCCUCCACACCUUCUGCGGCACCCCGGCCUACGUCGCGCCCGAGGUGCUCGCCCGCCGCGGCUACGACGGCGCCAAGGCCGACCUCUGGUCCUGCGGCGUCAUCCUCUUCGUCCUCAUGGCCGGCUACCUCCCCUUCCACGACCAGAACGUCAUGGCCAUGUACCGCAAGAUCUACCGCGGCGAGUUCCGCUGCCCCCGCUGGUUCUCCCCCGACCUCGCCCGCCUCCUCGCCCGCCUCCUCGACACCAACCCCGACACCCGCAUCACCGUCCCCCAGAUCCUCGACAACCGCUGGUUCAAGAAGGGCUUCCGCCCCGUCCGCUUCUACAUCGAGGACGACCGCUUCCUCCCCCUCGAAGCCCUCAGCGACGGCGAACCGCCCCCGCCCCCCUCCUCCGCCGACGCCGGCGCCGACGCCGACGACGAAGACGACGCCGACGCCGCCGGNCCGACCGCCCCGCCCCCUUGGGCUAGCCCGGCGGUGGCGGCGGCUCCGCCGCCGGCGCCUCCGACACCGCGAGCGGCCCGUCCCGCCGCCCCGUCCUCCGCUGCCUCCUCAGCCUAAGCAAGGGUCAACGCCUUCGACAUCAUCUCCUUCUCCCGGGGGUUCGACCUCUCGGGGCUCUUCGAGGAGAGAGGGGAGGAGGCGCGGUUCGUCUCCAGGGAGCCCGUCGAGAGCAUCAUAUCGAAAUUGGAGGAGAUCGCCAAGGUCGUGAGCUUCGCCGUGCGGAAGAAGGACUGCCGGGUGAGCCUGGAGGGGACCAGGGAGGGGGAGAAGGGCCCGCUGACGAUCGCGGUGGAGAUAUUCGAGCUCACGCCGUCGCUCGUCGUGGUGGAGGUGAAGAAGAAGGCCGGGGAUGGGGACGAAUACGAGGAGUUCUGCAACAGAGAGCUGAAGCCGGGGCUGAGGAGCCUCAUGUACGAGCCGGCGUCGCCGAUUCUGAACAUUUCUUCUGAUACUGAGUAGAAAAGGUAAUCAAGCUCUUUCAGAAUGCCCUGACAAUUGGUGCUGCAGUUGCAUCCAUUUAAAAAGCAAUGAAUUUUCAUGCUUCUCUUCAAAAAAAAAGAAAAAAGAAAAAAAAAGCGCUCAAUGAAGUUUUAGCUGAAAACGUAGAUAUGCACAUAGGAUCACUCAAUCCCUAAUUUGUGUUGAUGCAGUAACCAGUAGAUUGGAAAACUUUCUUGGUAGGAUAUCGAUGUAUAACUAACUUACUUUUUUUAUUUUCUGUCUGAAGGGUUAAAACUUGGUUUUGUUUAAA